GGCAUUACUCUGUUCCUAACAUCCCGACCAUACCGGGGAUGGAGAACUUUAAAGCUUAUUAAUAAUUUUCCAAUUCGGGUUCAAUAAAGUAUUUCAAAUUUAAACUAAUUCAUUGAAAAUACAACAUUUCUGAUGGCUAUUUUUGAUGGAGCUAUGCUAGCAAUUUCCCCCUGCUUCCAGCCUUUGUGCUAAGCUAGGCUAACAGCUUCCCCCUGCUUCCAACUUUUGUGCUAAGCUAGGCUAACAGCUUCCCCAUGCUUCCAACUUUUGUGCUAAGCUAGGCUAAAAGCUUCCCCCUGCUAUGCUAACGGUUGCCCUGCUUCCAACUUUUAAGCUGAGUUAGGCUAAUAUUUCCCCCCUUCUUCCAGUCUUUAAGCUAAGCUAUGCUAAUAAUGUCCCUCUGAUUCCAGUCUUUAAGCUAAGCUAUGCUAAUAAUGUCCCUCUGCUUCCAGUCUUUAAGCUAAGCUAUGCUAAUAAUGUCCCUCUGCUUCUAGUCUUUAAGCUAAGCUAUGCUAAUAAUGUCCCUCUUCUUCUAGUCUUUAAGCUAAGCUAUGCUAAUAAUGUCCCUCUGCUUCCAGUCUUCAUGCUAAGCUAUGCUAAUAGUUUCCCCCUGCUUCCAGUCUUCAUGCUAAGCUAUGCUAACAGUCCUCUCUGAGCAGGAGAGGUGCUCCACAGUCACUCGUACAGAUCUGCUGAGUCGUUCUCAGGGAAGACCGUCAUCGUUCUGGGAGCAAAAGCUUCAGGACUGGAUAUUUCCAUGGAGCUGGCUAACGCUGGAGCCCAGGUGCGUCUGAGUUUCUCCGGUCCUCCGCUCACCUUCCCUCUUCCUGACGGGAUCCAGGAGGCCGGUUUAGUCGAGGCGGUCGAUAGAGACGGCAGCAUUCGCUUCCAGGACGGCUCCUCGGGCCCUGCAGACGUCCUGCUGUUCUGCACCGGAUACGUCUUCAGCUUCCCGUACCUGGACGCCGCUCAGCUGAAGCUACAGAUCCAGGAUCAGCUGCUGGCGCCCCUGUACCGCCACAUGAUGCCCCCCAACUUCCCCUCGCUCUUUUUCAUCGGCAUGUGCAAACUCAUCUGCCCCUUCCCCAACUUCCACUGCCAGGUGCAGUUCGCCCUGGCGGUGCUGGAUGGCUCCGUCUCGUUACCCUCGGCUGCUCUGAUGGAGCAGGAGGUGCUGGAGGAGCUGCAGGAGAAGGAGCAGCGAGGCAUUCAGCAGCGCCACCUGAUGGUGCUCCAGCAGCAGCAGUGGGAUUACUGCUCGAUGCUCGCUGACACCGCUCAGUUCCCCCCGCUGCCGCCUGCCGUCAGGAGUCUGUACGAGGAGGUAUGGAGGCAGCGCCGAGAACACCCCAAACACUACCGGAGAAACAACUACCGCCUGAUCGCAGACGACCGCUGGGAGCUCGUUCACUGACCGAGACAAUAGCUGAUACCUUACCUUAGCUAAGGAGGUUUCAAACAGAUGCAGAUUAACAGUAUUAAUAUAUAAUAACAGAUGAAUAACUACCGGAGACUCAACUACCGCCUGAUCGAUGGCGACCGCUGGGAACUCGUUUACUGACGGAGACAAUAGCUGAUACUUAAAACAGAUUAACAAUAUUAAUAUAUAAUAACAGAUUCAUGUUAAAAGACAAUACAUAGGAAAACUACCGGAGACUCAACGACCUCUGGGAAGAAUUGAAAAGUCUCAAAAAGUGUGAGACUACGUUAAAAAACUCUUAAUAAGUUCUAAAAAGUCUUUAACAUUGUAAUAAGUAUUAAACGGUAUAAUUAUCUAAAAGCUGCUGCCGGAGACUCAACUACCGGAUAGUUAGAGACAACAGCUGAGAGUCUUACAAAGUCUUUAAGUCUAAAUAAGACUUCAAAUGUGUUUAAAAGUCUUUUAAAGUCCUCAUAACUCUUUUGAAAUCUUAAAAGUCCUAAUAAGUGAUCAAUAUUUUCAUUCUUAAACCCAAAUAGUUUUUGUCUCUGACACAUGAAGAAAAUGAAAAGUAUAAUAAUGGUUAAUAGUUAUUGUUGUAACAUUGGAAU